AUGAUCACAGAAUUUCUCUUCUUGCUUUGCCUCGGUCUAUGUCUGGGCUACGAAGAUGAAAAAAAGAACGAGAAACUUCCCAAGCCCUCCCUCCGUGCCUGGCCCAGCUCAGUGGUUGAACGCAAGAGCAAUGUGACUCUGAAGUGCCAGUCUCAUUUCCAGAAUGUGACAUUCAUGCUGGGGAUGUUGCAUGACUCUAGGUACAAGCAAGAGCAGAACUCAGCAGAAAACAAAGCUGAAUUCCCCCUCACUGACCUGGAGCCUAAGGAUGCUGGGAGGUACUUUUGUGCCUACAAGACAACAGCCUCUCAGGAGUGGUCAGAAAAGAGUGAACACUUACAGCUGGUGGUCACAGGAUCACUAGUAGAACCUUCCUUCUCAGUCAACAUAGACCCUGAGGGGACUCCAGGUCACAGGACACUCCGAUGUCUGAUUUCACACGAUGGAAUUGAAUGUAUCGUCAUUGCACUGCUGAAAACAGGGAUCCCAGAACCAUUACAAGUCAAGAAAGCAAGAAAAAAACAAACGGAUUUCAUACUCUGGAAUGUGACAAGCAGUGGAAAUUACAGCUGUUUGUACUACCAGUGUGACUUUCCAUACUUGGGCUCCUUCCCUAGCAACAACCUGGAGGUCUGGCUGACAGAGACCAGAAUCAUCUCUGUUACCAUCUUGAGCUGCCUCUCCAUCUUUCUCCUCUUCUUCUCAGUCUUCUUCAUCUACAGAUGCACUCAGCAUGGUUCAUCACAUGAAGAAUCGAGCAAGAGGAGGCUACAGGCUGAAGACCCCAAGGGAGUGACGUGUACUGAGCUGAACACCAAUGCACCGUUUGAGGAAGCUUCUGCUCCCACUGAAGAGCCCCCAGGAUCCUGUGAAUAUGCAACACUGAAAGUGUAG